AUGGCGCAUUCUCUUCCCCAAGGCAUGGAAGAGUCGUCGCAGUUCUUCAACUACCCCAUCGAGGAUGAAGACGAUGGAGGGCAUCUGGUGUUCGAUGAACCAGGCGGUGGUGCCCAACCGACAUAUCAACAAAAUUUCGCGACAACCCUGUUUCCCGACGAGGUAUCAUCUCGCAUGAUCCCAUUUCCAGCAAAGCCACCACAAGCUCAUCCCAGAGCACAAUCAGCCUUGCCUGCUCGAGCUUCGGCUCAGCGUGAGGUCGGAAGUUUCAGCUUGGCUCAGGGCGCUCCGCGUCAGUACGGCAACCUCCUAGCGGCACCGAAGGUUGAUGGUGUCCCCAACGAGUCGCCCGGAUUGUCCAGCGGAUCAUCAGCUACCCCGGAGACGAGAGGAUCUGCCAACAUAAUCACACCUCCAAAUAUGCUUGCAGGUGCAAGCCAGCCAUCAAAACCGUUAGAUGCCAUCUUCCCACCACCAGCACCACUGCCUCCACCAAGAAAGCGACGUCCUCGGAAGCCAAGGGUGAAGAAUGAGGUGACGCCUGAGGAAGAAGCGGCCAAGAGAAACAAGUUCUUGGAACGCAACCGUGUUGCUGCCACCAAGUGUCGGCAGAAGAAGAAAAAUUGGAUGGGUGAUUUGGAGGAGACCAAGCAGGAGCUUGAGAAUCAAAAUACCCAACUGCGGAUGGAGUAUAAUGCUUUGAUGAACGAAGUCAGCCAAACCAGGGCACUUCUGAUGGCACAUGCCAACUGCAACGAUAUCAACGUUGACAAAUGGAUUGAGAAUGAAGCCAAGCGGUUCGUGCUCGGGGCGGGUGAACGAUACGACUUGAUGCUGGCCAACUUUGACACGGCAGCUGGGCCCCAAGCAAGACAUGAGAGCAUGUCGUCAGUCUCGGAAUAUACAACAGCGGCGGGCAAUGACAUGUUGAGUCCCACGUCACAACGCGCGAGCAUCUCCCUGCCACGGGGCAUGGCUGUACCAACCUCACCUGUGUUCUUCCGGAAUCAGAUGCCAGAGGAACUGGGAGCAAGACAAAUGCCAGGCACGACCCAGCCGCCGUACAUGUUGGAAUCUGCUGGACCGAACGGUACCAAUGUCUCCGCAUUGGACGAUAUCAGCUUGUCCAAUGACAUGAUCCAAGACGGUUGGCCCGCACAUCCAUCCUGA